AGUGAGCUCACUGCAUUGAUGCCUAUCUCGCGAGAACUCCUUCCGCCCCGUUCGAUGCUUCUGCUGCUUCUGUCGCUGUUGCUGCUGUUGCUGUGUAUUUGAUUGACAGGAAACAUGUCGGUGUGGAGGGAGAGCGCCGGGAUGCAGCUGCUGGCACGGGAGACGGGGAGUACCUGCACCCAGUGCACACACCACCUUUAAAUAACAGUACAGCGCCGUUUCGCGUUUAUCCAUUGUGCAAUGAAGAGUUAACUGUCUAUUUGUAUCUUUCUAAAAAUCUACACGCGCUGAAUGGAUUCUGCAGAAGCAAACGCUCUGUUCUAAUUUUUUAUUCUCUUGCAUUUCUGUAUAUUGUGUUUGACUCAGCCCUCAGCAUCAGUACCACUACCUGAACUACCCUGAUGAAAACACUCCGUCAAGAGAUACAAAAAGGACGAUUACAAUGGAGUCGCCGUCCAAAUAGAAUCGUCUUUUUAAAACACGUUUAAAUAAUCGAUAUACAUAGGCAUCUGUAUAUUUCUUGUUAUACCAUUUCAUUUUAUUUCUGUUAUAUUAGUUCACUGGUUUAUUCAGAAAGUAUUUUCUAAUAAAAUUAAGAAAAGUAAAAAUACAAACGACCACUGCUCGCAAACUAUGGACGAGGAGAAUAUGACAAAAAGCGAAGAGCAACAUCUGAGUUUGCAAAAAGCCUUGCAGCAGUGCGAGCUGGUGCAAAAUAUGAUAGACAUUAGCAUCUCCAGUUUGGAAGGUUUAAGGACCAAAUGUGCCACAUCCAACGACUUGACACAAAAAGAAAUACGAACGCUCGAGGGUAAGCUAGUGAAGUACUUCAGCCGGCAGCUGUCCUGUAAACGCAAGGUGGCCUUACCCGAGAGAAACGCGGAGCUGGAGGAGUUCCCUCACCUGGGCCACUGGUUCCGCAUCGUCAACAUGAGGAAGGAGGUCACUGAGGACAUCGGCCCGGGCCAGCUGACCCUGGAGGGCCUGCUGGAGAUGGACGACGAGCAGGUGUGCGAGACGGUGCAGAAGUUCGGGGCCAACGCCGAGGAGUGCGCUCGGCUCAACGCCGCCCUCUCCUGUCUGCGCAGCGUCCACCAAUCAGAACAACUUGAGGAUGACAAAUUGCACAAUAACGGAGGAAGCAGCCAAGCCAAGCAGGACUGGGCGAUCCAGUGGCCCAGCUCGGGGAAGGAGAUCUCCCCCGUCUGCCCGCCGGAACCAGGCCACUGGAUCCGGUUCCAGCUGUCCCAGAGCCCCAAGGUCCAGUCCAAGUACAACCAGCACUUCUGCAACAGCCCCCAGGCCCUGGCGCCCUCCUACUCGCACGUGGACCGGCUCACCGUGGAGGGGCACCUGGGGCUCCUGCCCCCCCUGGACGCCGGGCACCGCUCCCUGCCCCCCUCCCCUCGCCAGAGACACUUCCCCCACACCCCGCCCCGGACCCCGCUGGUGGUCAACACCAUGACCCCGCCCGGGACCCCGCCCAUGAGGCGGAGGAACAAGGUGAAGGCCCCCGGCACGCCCCCGCCCUCGUCCCGCAAGCUGAUCCACCUGCUGCCCGGGUUCACCGCCCUGCACCGCAGCAAGUCUCACGAGUUCCAGCUGGGGAACCGAGUGGACGAGACGCAGAUCCCCAAGGCGAAGAAGAGGAGCAAACCUCUGAACCUGAAGAUCCACAGCAGCGUGGGCAGCUGUGAGAACCUGCCUUCCCAGCGCUCUCCUCUGCUCUGCGAGCGCUCCCUCCGUUCUUUUUUCUUCCCCACGUUCCUCCCGUCCACGCCCCCCGUCCACCCCGACGCCACCUUCUCUGCAAACACUCUCUCAGUGCCUCGAUGGUCUCCUCAGAUCCCCCGUCGAGACUUGGGAAAUUCUAUAAAACACAGAUUUUCCACCAAGUACUGGAUGUCUCAGACAUGUGUAGUUUGUGGGAAAGGAAUGCUGUUCGGACUGAAAUGUAAAAACUGCAAGUUGAAGUGCCACAACAAAUGCACCAAAGAAGCCCCGCCUUGCCACUUGCUGAUCAUCCAUCGUGGAGAUCACCAAGGAACAGCCCAAGCUCGUCUGGUUCGGACCGAGUCGGUACCGUGUGACAUCAACAACCCCCUCAGGUACACGGAUUUGCACAUCAGUCAAACGCUCCCCAAAACCAACAAGAUCAACAAGGACCACAUUUCCGUUCCCUACCAGCCGGAUUCCAGCAGUAACCCCUCCUCCACGACCUCCUCAACGCCCUCGUCCCCUGCCCCUCCCCUUCCCCCCAAUGCCACGCCCCCUUCUCCCCUUCACCCCUCCCCCCAGUGCACUCGACAACAGAAACAGUUCAACUUAACAGCGUCUCAUUACUUCAAACACAAGCAGCAGUUCAUUUUCCCAGAUGUUGCUCCAGAGGCCCCGCCCAGGGCACCCCAGGUCAUCCUGCACCCUGUCCUCUCUGAGCCCGGUAAUGAAGGAAACCCCCUGCUACAGAUUGAGGUUGAACCAACAUCAGAGACUGAGGAGGGGAACGACGAGGCCGAGGACUCGGAGGACGAGUUUGAGGAGAUGAACCUGUCCCUCCUGUCGGCCCGAAACUUCCCCCGCAAGGCCAGCCAGACCAGCAUCUUCCUGCAGGAGUGGGACAUCCCGUUCGAGCAGCUGGAGAUCGGCGAGCUGAUCGGCAAGGGCCGGUUCGGCCAGGUGUUCCACGGGCGCUGGCACGGCGAGGUGGCCAUCCGCCUCAUCGACAUCGAGCGCGACAACGAGGACCAGCUCAAGGCCUUCAAGCGCGAGGUCAUGGCCUACCGGAACACGCGGCACGAGAACGUGGUGCUCUUCAUGGGCGCCUGCAUGAGCCCGCCGCACCUCGCCAUCAUCACCAGCUUGUGCAAAGGGAGGACCCUUUUCGCAGUAGUGAGGGAUGCCAAAGUUGUCCUCGAUGUCAACAAAACCAGACACAUUGCACAGGAGAUGGUCAAGGGGAUGGGAUACCUGCACGCGAAGGGGAUCCUCCACAAGGACAUGAAGUCGAAGAACGUGUUUUACGACAACGGCAAAGUUGUCAUAACCGAUUUUGGCCUCUUCACCAUAUCGGGAGUUCUGCAGGCUGGCAGCAGGAGGGAGGACAAGCUGCGGAUCCCCAGCGGCUGGCUGUGCCACCUGGCCCCCGAGAUCAUCCGUCAGCUCUCCCCCGAGACUGAGGAGGACAAGCUCCCCUUCUCCAAGCAGUCCGACGUCUUCGCUUUCGGCACUAUAUGGUAUGAGUUGCAUGCACGCGAGUGGCCUUUCAAGAACCAACCAGCAGAGGCAAUUAUAUGGCAAGUUGGUAGUGGGAUGAAGCCAAAUCUGACCCAGAUCGGCAUGGGGAAGGAGAUAUCAGACAUCUUGCUUUUCUGCUGGGCCUUCGAGCAGGAGGAGAGGCCCAGCUUCUCCAAGCUGGUGGAGCUGCUGGAAAAAUUGCCAAAACGGAACCGCCGCCUCUCCCACCCAGGGCAUUUCUGGAAGUCAGCUGAAACGAGCGGGGAAUGAUAUCGCCACGGUCAUCUUCAUCACCAGCGUCUGGAUCAUCAUUUCAUCGCCCUUGCCACCAUUUCCCGUCAUCAUCAUCAUCAUCAUCAUUGUCACUGUCACUGUCAUUAUUAUUACUGUGAUAAGAUUUUUUUUUUUGUAAUUUCAUUUCAAGCAAAAAUCAUUUCUUGUGCAAACAGAUGAUGGAUCUACUCUUGUACAUUUGUACAGUGACAUUUAUAAAAAAAAAGUUUUUCUACUCUUGCAGAAAGUUUAUAAUUUCAGCUGUUCUACUGAAUGUCAGCUCUUGAAAAAACUGCAGGCCUUGUUUCAUUCUGUGUUUUAUUUAUUUAUUUUAUUUAAUUUUUUUUGUGCAGCCCUUGUUGGGGUACAGAUGUCCGGAGAAAAAAUAAUAAAAGUCAAUAAAUAAUUUGAGAACUGUUGCAUUAAAA